UAUAAUUUUGCCAUAAUUUUUAAUAUCUAUAAUAAUUAAAAGAUAUAAAAAUAAAGUAAGUGUACCUCCUAAAUUUGAACUUUUGAAAUUAACUAUUAGAUGGCGCUUCGAUUGCCUCUUCGGGAUAACUAUUGAAAUCGAUUAUCAGAUGGCAUUUCGAUCGUAAAGUAUUCUGAUGGAAGGUUAUUAAAUAAGUUUUAUGUGAAUUUAAAUUGUCACUGCAACCUUGUAUUUAUUAAAUCGUUUAAUAUCAGUUCUUCGUAUAUGUUAAAUAUAAUAAUAGAAAAUGAGUUUAGUAGCAUACGAUAGUAGUGAUAAUAAUUCUGAGAAUGAAGAGGAUAAUUCGACUGAAGUUAACAAUAGUAAAAAUGAAAUAACCUCUCUAACCAACUUUGUAAACAAAGAUUUACAUCUAUCUGAAUCUAAAUAUCAGACAAAUGUAAAAUUAUCUGUAAAUAAUGAAUCAUUAUCAAAAAUUAAUUGGAAUGUAUUGCCGAGACCAAAAAAUACUGAAUCGGAGCAAAUAAAUUUGAAGGAUGUGGAGGAAGAGGAAGAUGAUGAAGUGGGUAAGAUUGCAGUAAAGAAGGAAGUGGGUAAGAUUGCAGUUAAGAAGGAAGUGGGGCAAGACAAAAGGCCAACAAAAAAGCCAGUUAAAAUAAUGAUUCGAUCUUUGUGCGAAUUCAAGGAUCUUGACGAAGAGGAUAUGAAAAAGCAAAGUAAAGUUACAUCGAUUGAUAAAGGAUCAGGACUUUUUUCUCUCUUACCGCCACCUAAAGUGUUGGAACAAAAGGUUAAAAAACCUCUGAUACCAAAUAUUGUUACCAAGUCACAAAAAGUAUUGACAUCGACUACGACAAAAAAGGUUGUAUUACCCAAUGAUAAGUCAAUAAAAUCUAACAACAAAACAAAUUUGGAAGACGGAGCAGAAAGCGAUACUAGUGAAACUGAUAACCACGAAUCUGGCAUAGAUUUCUUUGCUUUGAAUACAAUAGAUUCUGUCCCAGAUACAGAAUUUUCAAAUGUGCAGAAUACGGAAAGUAGGAAUUUUGCAUCAAUGCCCAAACAAUUAAAUGGAUUUAAAAUGAUAGAUAACACAAGUGUAAAUAGUGUCAUAGAUGACAAUAAUAUAAAAGAAUACGUUCCAAAUUCUAAUUUAACGUUGACAAGUAACAUCAUUAAUCUACCAAGAGAUGAAAUAUUAAUUAAAAAUAAAGCAGAAGUUGGACCAAAAUUACCUAUACCUGAACAAGAAUAUAACGUAGACGCUGAAGGUAAUGUAGCGUUUGAUGAAAAAGCUAUAGAAUAUCUCUGCGGUAAGAGAGGUAUAAAGAGAAAAAAUAAAGAAGUGGAAGAAGCUAACAUAAUAGAAAUUAGUGGCGAUGAUAUUAAACCUGAUGAAAGGGAAUGGUUGGUGAAGGCAUUAACAGAAGAUCCUGUAGAAAGGCCUGUGUCUAUGAAAAGUAGUGGAAUUAAUUUCCAAUCAAAAAAGAAACAUCAAAUUACAUACUUAGCGCACCAAGCUAAAGCCAUGGAAGUGGAAUUGAAGAAUCAAUGGGCUGUUAACCGGAUGACUAGAAAACAAACGCAAUCGAAAUAUGGCUUUUAAAUGCAGGUGAAGAAGGUACAAUUAUUUUAUAAUCAAGCCUGGUGAUUAAAAAAACCACCCUUUGUAAAACGGUUAUAAUAUGUGUGUAUAUAUAUAUAUAUAUA